CAAUUUGGAAAUUCAGUAAUGGCGCUGCCCAGGGUCAGUGUUGAUGAUGUGAGAGGAGCUCUGAGUAGUUCGCUAUCAAAGUUGGGAUUUGAAGUUUAUCCAUUAAAGAUUGGCUGGUACAAUGCAGUCCUGUCUCCCCCUCUCCACCUAUCCUACCCUGAUGACACCCUGGCAGCUGUGGUGCUUAGCACGCCAACCAUGUUUGAACAGGCCUUCCUGCCCUUCUUGGAGAACAGGGGCUGGAAGGAGGUGAUUACAGACCCCAUAGACCAGUGUGUCCGACACUACGUCAACUACAUUGUCUCUGAGUGUUUUCCUGGUGUCAAGGUAGACGUGAGUUAUGACUAUGAGAUGCUGCCCAGCAGGAAGCCCAAGUUCCUGGCCCAGACUGCCGCCCAUGUAGCAGGAGCGGUGUACUACUACCAGCACGCUGAUGUACCUGACCAGCCCUGGGGGAACAAGAAGAUGUUUGGCGUGUGCAUACACCCACAACUUGGGGGCUGGUUUGCCAUCCGAGCUCUGUUAGUGUUUGUUGGGACAGAAGUAGGCUCUGAACUGCAGCAGACUGCUCCUCCAGACUCUGUUCCAAGAAGGGAGGACAGGAUUCAGCUGCUGGAGAACUUCAACUUUCGAUGGCGGGACUGGAGUUACAGAGAUAUCAUCCCUGUGGCCCAGACAUACUCUCAGAGACAGAGAGAAUACUUCUCCACCUCACCUGGUCAGCGACAAUACCUGCUACGAGACUGGGGCUAUCUGACAAGGGGAGAGGAAGAGGACAAGCAGGAGAGCUUGCACAGAAAAUAACAGUGAGAAGAGACAAUGGAGUUUGACUUGAGCGGCUCUGUGGCCAAUGGACAAUUGGAGGCCAUUUUAGACAUUCAACACUAUAUGGUUAUUUGCACUUUGCAUCUUUCUGCAUUAUCAUACAUUCCUACACUUUGACAGAUACUGUACUUCAUCUGCCUUUAUCUUUGGCCUAAUGCAGCUGUCAUUUUUAGAGUUGGAGGGUAGAGUGGAAAGUUAUGUCUUUCAUGGAAAAGCAACCAUAGUAUGUUUCCAUUUGGUAAAGAAGUUAUGAAUUGGGGAAAAAAGUGUUAUUGAAACAAUCCAUGGUGAAGAUGUGGAAAGCACAUUUAGUGGGUUUAAAUGCAUAUUAUUCAUUAUUCAUGAAAAGACACCAUAUGAAUUCUACACACCCUAGUGAGUAUUUCUCUAUGCCUAUGUUGUGGCAGUGGUCAUCGUCUUGUGGCUACGGUCUUCUCAUGGCAGAUGCCCGGAAUUCUCUUUAUCAACAAGAAGCAGGAGACUAAUGCCAUGGCCUGCUGACUGUCGGGAUGGCCAACGGUAUUGUGCAGAUGCACUGCAUGACAGGCUGUGAUGCCAACUCAGGUUCUACGGCAAGCGGUAAGGAGUUGGUGUAUGACCAAGUGGUGAAGAGCCCUGUAGCUCGAUGGCAGCUCUCGCGGUGCGGAGAUAGCCUUGACCUUUAGAAAGAGAUGUUAGAGGAGCUCUUCCAGAUCACAUGACUUGUCAUCUAUGGCGUAGGACCAUGGCUGAGGCCCUUGCAGCGGAGUGGAAGACAUGGAAUAACAAAUGAUUAAUUCGACUCCCUCCAGAUGCAGAUAGCAUAUGCUAACACUGCCUCCAUGCAAACUACUUGCCGUAUCGUGUAUGUGACUGGGAACUGGUGGGUGGUCGCUGUCUCCCAUUCUGCCACAGUCGACCUGCUGUCCCGACACACCUACCUGCACUAAGACCAGCUGAAGAGAGGAAGGACGAUGAUAGCAAAGAGGGGGGCGAGGAAGGAGAUGAUGGAUUCAUUGGAAUCUGAUGAUUCAGAAUCUAGUGAGGCAGUAUGCUCUGAUUCGGAAUGAUCAUAUCUAUCAAGGUCAUAUUAAUUCAUCAGUUACAAUGUCAUAACAAUGUGAAGUAUGACACAAAAGCAUACUUGGUGACAUCUGAAUGUCUAUCAUAUGUGUUGUGGUGACCUUCGUCUACAGAAAAUAACCAAAAGGUUAGUCUCCCACUUUUUAAUGGCGGCUCCCGUUACGCCUACAAAUUAUAAACAAUAUCCCGGAAAUCUUUUUUUUUUUUUUUUUUGAGAGUGAGAGAGAGUUAUGGGCCGAAUCUCAAAUCGCAUACUGCAUACUACAAGUACGUUCUUCAUGGGUGAUGGUGAGCAUGAAGGGCAGUAGCCUGCGAAGCCACCUCCCUGAAAAUAAUUUUAGCUUUUUGAAAAUCGUGUUGCUUUGUUCCUCAUUUGAGCAUUUAAGCAAUACGCAAAUCAGUACCUCAUUGGUUUUGUAAUUAUUUUCCUCAGAAGUUGUAGCUAUACCAGAAAAAUAAGUAAAAAAAAUUUGGUUUACUAGUUGCAGACUCCCUUACUAAACUUGAAGAUUGUCAGCGUAUUCACUGCUCAUAACUCUCAAAGGUUGUGUUUCCAAUCAUCUGAGGUGUUGUGAAAUCAUUUACGCAUGCUGCUUACUGUGGAGGAGCUGUCUUAUUCUGCUCUGGGGAAGAAAGUUGGGAUCAACUAGCUGCACAGUGUUUCCCAACCAGGGGUACUAUGACCCCUGGGGAACUUGGCCUGUCAACAGGGGAUACUUGAGAACACUCAUGACGCCGUAGGCGUAAAGGAAAAUUACAACGAGGGGGUAUUUGCGGAAGAGGAUUAGUGCCAAGCAAUAAUAAAAUAAAUAAAACCA